GAAAGACUUCAGUGGUGUAAACAAGACUUCUCCUCAAGAUGCAAGAACUGGUUGCUUUGAUUCUUCUUAGUACUGUUUGUAUUAUAGAAACUGCAGAAGUUCCUCAUUUGAUCUCCACAACUGAGAGUAAACCUGGUGAUAAUGUUACUUUUUCCUGUAAAUCGCCUACGGAUCACAGAUUCAGUCAGUGGUAUAAACAGUCUCCUGGAAAGAUGCUCCAAACAAUUGCUACAGGAGUUUAUAAAGCAAUUACAAAAACUGAGACAUUCAAUAAUACUCGUUUCCAAUUUCAUAGAGAAAACAAUGAGAUGUUUCUUACCAUACAUUCAGUUAAAAAAGAAGAUGAAGCUGUAUACUUCUGCCAGAGUGGAACUGAAUUUUUACUAACUGUUCAUAAUGGAUUCCUCUUGGAUGUAAAGGACUGUAAUCAACAGACAUCUGUCUAUGUGGAACAAACUCCAGAGGCUGCAGCGGUCCAGCCAGGAGACACCACGAGUCUCCAGUGUUCCCUUUUUUCAACGAACAGUGAAACAAGACCUCAGUGUCCAGGAGAAAACUUUGUUCACUGGUUUAAAUCUGGAUCUGGAAGCUCUUAUCCAAAUAUCAUUUACACUGCAAGGAAUAGCACAGACGAUGCAGCGAAGAGAAGCUGUGUCUACCGACUCUCAAAAACAUUAGAGAACUCCGCUGAUUUUGGAACUUACUACUGUGCUGUGGCUAUUUGUGGAGAAAUACUGCUAGGUGAUGGAAGUAAACUGGAAACCAAACAAGACUCAAGUGUUCUUGUACUUGGGGGACUGUUGGGGUGCUGUGUGGUUGUGAUUAUCAGCCUUAUCUUCUACAUAAUUGGAAGGAGAGUUUCCGACAGUUCUAAAGCAAUAAGAGGAUCACAUCAUGCUGAACUUGAAACUUCAACUAUUUAUCAAACAAGGAACUUGGACAAAGAAGAGAAUUUGACCUAUGCAGAGGCACUGAAUUUCUCUGCAACAAAUGUGAGAAACUGCAAGAAAGUGAACACAGAAUGUAUGUAUUCUUCUGUUAGAGCAAAUUCACGAAAACAACAGCAGCUCUGAUUAGAGCCGCAGUAUUUGCAUCAGUCCCCCAAGAGCAGAUUAAAAGAUUAGUCAAGCGCCAAAGAUUUUUGGCUCAACCUUUAAAAAUUUUAAGGAUGUUUGUCUAUUUCUUUGUGCAAGAUAUUUCAUGCCUGCUCAUGUCAACUUGCCAGUUUCUGAAUAUGUCCAUUCUUAUAUUUAAGACCUUCAGCUCACUGAAAACAUAAUUGUUUGAUAUUAACAGGUUAUUUUAGUUAUCACUUUGUGUUAAUAAAAUACAUGUCUUUGAAAGAUGAAAAGAAAACAGUUUGUCAGGGAAACUUGUGAUCUUUUAAAAAUAAUAAACAUUUGGAAAG